AUGGCGGCUCCCAGUCCUUCUUGUUAUUGCUUCCCUGGGGAUCCAUGUUGGCCAACUAUGGCGACAUGGAACGACUUCAACAAGACUGUGGGUGGACGAUUGAUUUCCACCGUCCCUCUGGCUGCCGUUUGUCACAACGACCAAUUCGAGGCCUACGAUGCGAACGCGUGCGAGAGCUUGAAGGCAAACUGGUUCUUUCCGGAGACCCACCUACCAUCUUCAUCCUCCGUCAUGGCAGCCCUCUUCACAAACAACAGCUGCAAUCCUUUCCUACCGCGAGAAUUUCCUUGUACACUUGGGAACUACGUCAACUACGCAGUCAAGAUUCAACAUGCUUCUGAUGCCAAAAAGACUCUCGCGUUCGCUAAGAAGCAUCACAUUCGUCUAGUCAUUCGCAACACUGGCCACGAUUAUAACGGAAAGUCUACUGGAGCUGGAGCGCUAGCCGUUUGGACGCAGAACUUGAAGAGCAUCGAGCUUCUGGAGGAGUAUAGCCGCCCUUGGUACAAAGGACGAGCUCUGAAGAUUGAUGCGGGAGUCUCGGUGAACGAGGCGUACAAAUUCGCCGAUGCUCAUCAAGCUACCGUUGUGGGAGGCAACUGUCCAACUGUUGGCAUUGCCGGGGGUCUCGCUCAAGGAAGUGGCCACAGUCCACUUGCUACUAAGUUCGGCCUGGUUGCCGACCAAGUGCUCGAAUGGGAAGUUCUUACCGCAGCUGGAGAGGUGGUUACCGCCAACCCAUCGAGUCAUGAGGAUCUUUAUUGGGCUCUAUGCGGGGGUGGGCCGGGAACUUACGGCCUCGUGCUCUCAAUGACUGCAAAGCUUCAUCCUUCGAUUUCCGUGUCAUCCGCAAAGUUGAGCUUCGCUCUUCCAAGCACUACGACCGGGAUCGAGAGCUUUUGGGAAGCGGUCAAAACCUUCGCCGAGUCUCUACCUGAAAUGGUCGACAGAGGAUUACAAGUCACUUGGACCCUUGUACCCGGAGUUUUUCUAGUCUCCCCAGCUACCGCUCCGGAACUUUCCAAGCAUGAUCUGGACGAACUCUUCCGGCCAACCCUGAAGCAACUCACCAGAGACGGAAUCCCAUACCAAUAUCAGUCCGAAGAGUUCUCUACAUUCCUCGCAAGCUAUGAAGCCAUGAUACUCCCCGGCUCGAACGUAUCAGAUUCCAUCCUAGGUGGCCAGCUGCUUCCACGCUCCGUCGUCGAGGACGACAUCGAAGAAUUUAUCUCCACUCUUCGCACCAUUACCGAAGCAAACUAUGUCUUCGCAGGAUUAUCCCUGGAUGUAUCCCGGGUUCCCGCCCACAAAACUGCCGCGCACCCAUACUGGCGAAAGACGCUCAUUUCCGCCGUCCUGGGCACCUUCUACGACUACCAGGAUUUUGAAGCGAACCUCAAGAACCAGCGGUACAUGACGGAUACGCUAAUCCCAAAGUUAGCUGCAUUCACAGGCGGCAAGGGUGCUGCAUACGUGAAUGAAGCGAACUUCUUGCAGCCUCAUUGGCAGGACGUCCUCUACGGCGAGCAUUUCGGACGACUGAGCAGUAUCAAGCGAAAGUACGACCCAAACGGCAUAUUCUAUGCUCUUGGCGCUGUUGGAAGCGAUAGCUGGGUGCAGAAAAGAGAUGGUCGGCUCUGCAGGGCUUAA